AUGAAUUCUGCGUCGAUCGUAUGGUUCUUGGGACUCUGUUCCACUUACGUUUCGGCAUUCUAUUUGCCUGGCUUGGCGCCCGUAAACUAUUGCAAGGAAUCAGCUACGUCAUGCACGAAUAAGAUUGAGUUCUUCGUAAAUCGACUCAAUUCUGAUGAAUCAGUGAUACCAUACGAAUACCAUUACUUUGACUUUUGUACAACCGAUGAAAGUAAAUCUCCAACUGAAAAUCUUGGGCAAGUUUUAUUUGGUGAAAGAAUUAGACCUUCUGGAUACAAUGUAUCAUUUUUAAACAAUGAGGAUUGUAAAGUACUUUGUACUAAACGUUAUAUCCCUAAUGACUCAAUUAGUAACAUGAAGCUAUUUGUACUUAAGCGAGGAAUGAGUUUAAAUUAUCAACAUCAUUUUAUCGUCGAUAAUAUGCCAGUCACUUGGUGUUAUGAUUUAGAAGAUGGCCAGCAGUAUUGUAGUACAGGAUUUCCAAUGGGUUGUUAUAAACCAGCCAACCAUGAUAAUAAUUUAUGUGCAACUAUUCUGAGAGUUGUUCCGCAAGCACUAAAGCCAAAUACUUAUUAUAUUUUUAAUCAUUUAGAAUUUACUAUUACUUAUCACAGUGGAAAGCAUGAAGAAUGGGGAUCAUCAUUCAGUUCAGAAGGGGGCAGAAUCAUUGCUGUUAAAGUGAGACCAAAGAGUAUACAACAUAAAUUUCCAGUCACUAGUUGUAAUACAGGAUUCAUGGAAAUCCCAGCUGAUAAAAUAAAUACUCCAUUGAAUAUAACAUAUUCCUAUUCUAUUCAAUUUGAGAUGAACAAUACUGUUAAAUGGUCUUCACGCUGGGAUUAUAUUUUGGACUCUGUGCCACCUACCAAUAUUCAAUGGUUCAGCAUCCUAAAUUCUUUAAUGAUAGUAAUUUUCUUAUCUGGGAUGGUAGCAAUGAUUAUUCUGCGUACAUUGCAUAAAGAUAUUGCUAGAUAUAAUCAGAUUGAUGCUGGUGACGAUAUUAAGGAAGAGUUUGGUUGGAAACUAGUUCAUGGGGAUGUUUUUCGUCCUCCAAGAAGAGGAAUGUUGCUUGCAGUUUUUGUUGGCUCUGGAGUACAAGUUUUGUGCAUGACUGUUGUAACUCUAGCAUUUGCUUGUUUGGGUUUUCUAUCUCCAGCAAAUCGAGGUUCACUUAUGACUUGUUCUUUAAUAUUAUUUGUAUGCCUUGGGACACCUGCUGGUUAUGUAUCAUCAAGAAUUUAUAAGAGUUUUGGUGGUGAGAAGUGGAAGACCAAUAUAAUACUGACUUCAAUGUUUUGUCCUGGAGUGGUCUUCUGUUUAUUUUUCAUAAUGAAUUUGGUUUUAUGGGCCAAAGAAAGUUCUGCUGCCAUACCAUUUUCUACAUUAUUUGUUUUGUUGGUUUUAUGGUUUUGUGUAUCUGUACCACUUACAUUUGUUGGUGCAUUAUUUGGCUUCCGUAAACGACCUAUUGAACAUCCUGUAAGAACAAAUCAAAUCCCACGUCAAAUUCCAGAACAAACCAUUUAUACACAACCAUUCCCAGGAAUUAUUAUGGGUGGAGUCUUACCUUUUGGCUGCAUAUUUAUUCAACUUUAUUUUAUUCUCAACUCUUUGUGGUCCAACCAAAUGUAUUAUAUGUUUGGAUUUUUAUUCCUCGUGUUUAUUAUUCUAAUAAUAACAUGUUCAGAAACUACUGUUCUUUUAUGCUAUUUCCAUUUAUGUGCUGAAGAUUAUCAUUGGUGGUGGAGGAGUUUUUUGACCAGUGCUUUUACAUCAUUUUAUCUAUUUCUGUAUUGCGUUCACUAUUUCAAAACUAGACUUAAUAUUGAAGGUGUUGCUUCAACUUUCCUUUAUUUUGGAUACACAUUCAUAAUGGUGUUCUUAUUCUUCUUAAUGACUGGUACAAUUGGAUUUUUUGCAACAUUUUGGUUUGUUCGAAAAAUAUAUAGCGUUGUCAAAGUGGAUUAAUUUAAAAUCUUUUCUCUUCUUUUUCAUUUAGUUGGUAAUUUAAUUUUUACUACUAUAUAUUCAUUAUUAUUAUUUUAUUAUAUUUUGUACCAUAAAACUAUAUUUGAGUCAUCAAAAAUGCCUUUUGUGUAAAUAAUAAAUAUAUUAAUCAACAUAUUUUAUAGUUUUAAAUAUUUAAGGUAUAUCAAAUAUUCACAUGGUAGAUAAAUAUAAUCAUACAAUUUGGGUUAACCAAAUUAUUUUAGCAAUUACUUCUAUUAGAUAAUUAUUUUGGAAAAUAACUCCUAUUGUUUUUGUCUUAUGUAGUUUGUAUUAAUGCACAACUUUUAGUUUUAUCAUUAUUGCAGUAUAUAUUAAGUACAUAAAAAACAAUAAUAUAUGAUACAACUAUUACUUUUGUGUAUUACAUAACUUUAACUUAAUUUUAUUUUAUCAUAAUUUCCAUUAAAAAUAUAUUUAAAAUGGACUAUUACACAGUAAUCUAUUUUUAAUCCAAAGUCUAUGCAUAAGGCAUAAAUUAUAGCUUAUAAGUUAUAACAGACAUUUCAAUAUUGUUUAAUUCACUUGAUAUAUUUAUUGGGACCUAAAAUAUUAAAAUCAUAGUACUACUAAUUGUAUUUAAUCAUUUAUUAAGGUGACAAUGUAAAUUUAAAUUAUUAAAGAAGUAUUUAAUUUGCUUCAACUUGAAAUGUAAUGUCUUGAAUUUUAAUUGUUGGAUUUUUAAUAUUGUAGAAUUUAGGAUACU